UUGGCACAACGACCUUAACCUGGUAGGGGAUUAUACUCCGGUGAACUGGUUGCAGCUCUUUGCAGAAAAAUUAGGAACUCAUGCUUCAUGAAACGGAAUUGACACCCGUAAUUAGUCAAAUGCUAAUCAAAUUUGAGGACACUUUCAACUAACGAAUAUCAGCUUUUAAUUGCGUUUUAACGUCAUGCCCGACAUAUUGUUAGUAGGUUAUCGGCGAAGUCAAUUCGCAAUUUAUGGGGUGUGAAAAUUCACUUUAAAAUACAAAUUAGGAUAUUGAGUCAUAGAAGUGGUGCGAUAUUCAUUCAUUCAGAGAUAAAUUAAAAGUCUAAAAUAUUUAAUAAAAUAUCCAAGCAUUGGUGUGGCAUUUGAGCUUAUUGUGUACAAUUAAUUAAUCGACCAAUAAACUUUUAGAAUAGUAAACUUACCGCUAAUGGUCACAACACAUGAGCAACAUUCCCUUCACAAGUUAGUCACUCAAUCAACCCAUAAUUAGCAGCCAUUAUUCCACACAUUAAGGACACUAUCCUGGCCUAUAAAAGCCGGCAUGUUGAGUACCAGCUGCGGACAGUACACAAUGAUAGAGUCGGGAAAGUGGCCAUCACCUGGCAAAAGGACCUCCAAAGGCGGUGAGAGCAGGAAGCGUAGAAAGGAACGGAGUAUGCUCAGGACGGCCAUACUGGCCACAUUUUGGGAGUACACGGAGCGGACCAAGUUGAGCGGCAUGUGGCUAAUGCGGCGGAAUCGCACCUACGGCUUGUCCCGGUUCAUUUGGUCGUCGGUACUGCUGCAGUUGCUCCUGCUGAGCAUCUACCUCACCCUGUUGCUGUGGCUGAAGUUCUACUCGUACCCCAUCCUAAACACCAUUUCCAAUGAUCUCUCUAUUACGGACGUCGCCUUCCCGGGCGUUACCAUCUGCAGCCCAAAAGUGGUCAACUCGGAGCGGGUCGAUCGCUAUGUUAAGACGCUCAAAAUUCCCAAGGAGUACGACAUAGCAGAUGUGAUCGCUGGCUUUGAUUUCCUCAACGCCUUCACGGAUCAGAGCUUUGAGCCGCCGGGACACGAAAGCUAUCGGGCCACCGAUGCAGUUCUUCGGCUAAACAACGUGACCACCUGGGAGGCGGCCAUGGCCGUCAGUCCGGGAUGCUUUGAUUACGUGAAGCGCUGCUUCUGGGGCCACACGGAGUUCCAGUGCAACCAGAGCCACGAGUACCUAUCGUUCAUUCCCACCACUGCGUACCUGGGACCCUGUUGCUCCUUCAACUAUAAUCCCCGGAACGCCAGCUUCGUGCCCUUCUCGGCCAACAUCUUUGGCAUGGACGGCGGACUGACCUUUGUGGGUGCGGAGGGCAGUGAGCGGAAUUUAAACACUGGCCUUAUAGUGCUGGUCCACCAUCCCAUGGACUAUGUGACUGAGGCGGCUGCCUCGGUGACCAUUACCGCUCAGUCUGAGAGCUUUGUGGAGGUCUCGCCCACGGUGCAGAGCUCCUCGGCGGAGGUGCUGGAGCUUUCGGAGCGUAAGAGGGACUGCCUCAUCUCGGGCGACCUGGAGCUGAGCAAUUACCGGCAGGCCGCCUGCCUUCUCGCCUGCCAGACGGAGGCCAUCGUCCAGAAGUGCGGCUGCCAUCCAUAUCUGCUGCCCAUCGUGGGCAACAAGUUCAAGGAGUGCAAUCUCAACGACACCUUCUGCUAUUCUGCCAACUAUGAUAACUUCAAAAGUGUGCGCUGUGAUCAGUGCCUGCCCAAUUGCUACGAUGUCACCUACUCCACGCUGUCCUACAAAACAGAUCUCAACCAGCAUCAGUACUCCGUAAGCCGCUACUAUUCUCCGGAGCUGCUAAACAACGACAGUUUCGUUCUCCGGGUCUACUUGGCCAAACAAGUGGUUCCAGUCAUCCGGAAAGUGACCGUUAUGUCUUGGGUGGGACUUCUAUCGGACUUGGGUGGAAUCUUUAACCUCUGUCUGGGUCUAAGUAUGAUUUCUGUGGUUGAGUUCUUUUAUUAUUGCACAUAUCGUCUGUAUAUCAACUACCAACUGCAGAAGGCUCAGCAACCCAGGAAGGCGUGGCAAUAAAAUUAAUCACUUUAAA